AUAUUUUUGAUGCUGAGAAGGGGAGGAUGAGGAUAAGGAUGAAGGUUGCACUAGCAGUUGGUGUUGUAAUUCUUUGUAUUGGGGCAGGGACAUUGGCAUUGUACCACAUUGAGCACUUGGAUUGGAUGGACUCCGUUUAUUUGUCAGUGAUGUCGGUUACAACAGUAGGGUAUGGGGAUCGAGCAUUCAAGACUUUGGAAGGAAGAGUAUUUGCUUCAUUUUGGUUGUUGGUGUCGACGCUUGCAGUUGCAAGGGCCUUUCUUUACUUGGCAGAGGCGAGGAUCGAUAAGAGGCAUCGAAAGAUUGCAAAGUGGGUGUUGCAGAGAGAUUUGACUGUGGAGGAUUUGUUUGCUGCUGACAUUAAUCAGAGUGGAUUCAUCAGUAAAUCAGAGUUUGUGAUCUACAAGCUCAAGGAGAUGGGAAAGAUUGGGGAGAAAGACAUCCUACAAAUCUGCAACCAAUUUAACAAGCUCGACAUUUGUAAUACUGGGAAGAUAACUCUCCAAGAUCUAUGGCAUAGCAGCAGCAGAUGACCAUAAAAAUGGGAAGGUACUGGUCAAAGCCUUCUCCAUGUGCUGAUUACUGUAUAUUCAAAGUACAAGUUCUACGUGUAGAAAUUGCAUGGAUAGUAAAUAUAUUCGGUUACUUAAUACGGAGAAAAAAAAGGACGUUGAAGGAACAAAGCUCAGCCAAGAGGCUGGAAAUCCAUUUUAAUUCUGGUCGAUUCUUUGCUAUCUCGGAAGUUGGUACGUACCAAACCUUCUACUCUGAAUUUUCUAGUGAUGUCACCUUGGUUGGCAAUAUUGGGUACUUGAAAGGAACGCUCAAGGCAAAGUGAAAGAAUACUGUUACUUGUUAGUAUGAGCAUGAACAGAAAUUCAGAAAGUAAAGGACCAGAUCUAUAUUCAUUAUGGAUUACAAUGUAACAAGUUGAUGCAUUUUUGUACAAAGUUCCAUCGGUGAAUGAGGGCAUGAAUGUAAAUGGAUGACUGUCAGAACUGAGCAGUUGUAUUGAGUUUGUGAGGCAGUGGGAAAAAAUCUGCCUGAAGAAGUGUAGAUAUACAUUAAAAAUUGAUGGGUUAAAAUUAAGAGUAAAUGUUUAAA